AUGGACAAAAACAUUCGCAGUCUCACGAAAGAAGAAUUAGAAUAUUUUGCUGAUAAUCUAUCCAAAUUGAGCGAUGAUGGUUUGAUUAGUAAUGAAGAUGAUGAGGAUAGUGAUUCGAACCCUCUCCAAAUAUUCGACAGUCAUUACGAUCCAUGUGGGGAAGAACAAGAUGAUUUUUUCGACAUUGAAAAUAUGCCUAUGAUAAUUCUACCUGAUUCGUCACAUGAUCUAUUGAGUAUGGAUGAAAAUACUGAUUCUGAUUCAAAUCAAAUGGAAGAAAUAAGACCGGUCGAGAAUACUAUCCCUCCACUACAAGAAAAAUACAGAGAAACGGAGGAGGGUAAUGAAUUAUCUUCAUCCCCAAAUAGAGAUAAACAGUCAACACCAACUAUGAAAAAUCAAGGAGAGAAGGAGGGAACCCUAUGGAAAAGAUUGGUAGAGCUAAGAGAGGAAACUAGAGGAGACAAAUGGGUAGCAAUACACCACAUAGAAAGAAGCGGUACGGAGCAUCUAAGAAAUCUAGCAGAAGCAGUUUUCCAUAAAACGGAAACGCAAGUAAUAAUAUACACAAACAAAAGGAAAAUUAUGGCACAGCAACAAAGGAAACGAGAAAGACCACCAGCUCUGAAAGUCGAACAAAGAGGAAAGAACUACGAAGAUACGGUGAGGGAAAUAAAAAUGAAACUGAAAGGAAACGAAGCUACAAAGAUAAUCCGAUCGAUCAGGAAGAGAAAAGACGAAAAUGUCCUCAUCACGAUGGAAGACAACAAACCGGAAAUGGGGAAAAUUGAAAAAGCGAUAGAAGAAGCCGCUGGAACUUUAAGAGUAAAAGAAACCGGCAGAGACCAGGAGACCAUACACAUAAGAGGACUGGACAUCACAGCCACCAAAAAAGAGGUAGUGGAGCAUAUCGAAAAAAUGGUAGGAGAACUAGACACGCAAUAUAUCAGAAUCAGCGAGCUGAGACCAAAUGCGCGAAACACGCAGGCAAUAACAGUAACCCUCGAGAAAGAGAAAGCAGAGAUUCUCCUGAAACAACCAUAUAUACGUAUUGGCCUCUCGAGAGGGAAGAUGGAACGGAGAAUAAAAGUACCAAGAUGCAGCAAGUGCUGGGCGUAUGAGCACAGCAAGGAGGAAUGCGAUGGACCAGACAGAAAAAAUCUAUGCUAUAAGUGUGGAAAAGAAGGCCACAUAGCAAAAAAGUGUGAGGAAACGGAAAUACCAUGCCCUAUAUGGGGCACCGCGUGUGGCGACCUUUAUGUCCCCCUUACUCGUGGGAACAACAUGGACCACAAUAAAACAACAAAAGAAAAACCUCGACGAGGUGGUCAAAUCUCGUCCUCGGAAGACUCUUCGGAGUCUAACGAAACCCCUGCCCGGGAGGUAUCCACUGAGGAGACCUCCCAACACCCAGCACAGGAGGACGUCACAUCGAUGACCUCCACUCCUCCCUCAACCCUGGAGGCUGCCACCCUGGCGACCUCCAGCUCCCUAACCCCAACAGGCGCACCGACGCCUGUUGCUCCCGAAACUGACCCCUCGUCAAAACCCGGCACAUCCGAGGAUCUCUCUCGAGACUCGGACGUGUCUGAUCUGGCCUCGGAUUUCUCGAAGGUUAAGGUGAAAAGGCCCUGUGGUGCUGAAAGGAAGAGGAGGAAGAAAGAGAGGGAAAAGGAAGCAAUCAAAGCGCCUUCGUCCUCUCAGGGAACUUCCUCGAAAUUCCUUGGUGCGAAAACAGUGGCCGAGAGACGGCCUAAGGAUGACCUUAGGGGAGCGCAAGGGAAACCUGGAAGUGGUGGGCCUCAAAGAAGAUCCACUGCAGAAGGUAAACCUGCUGUGCACCCUAAGGCUGUCAAGGCCAAGAACAAUGCGUCAGGAAUGACGCAAUCAACAAAACGGAGCCGCACGCCGGGUUCCACACCGACUGACACCUCGCGAUCUGCUUCGACUUCUGUAAUAGUCGAAGAAGUACGUCGUAUUGAUGAUGAUGGUAAUGUUAAUGUAAAAGUUCCAGUUACACAGAAUGCUGAAGAAGAGGUUAGCAAUGACUAUGUGCCAAAUGAGAGCAACAGUGAAAGUGAAGAAAUGAAUGAUGAAGGAAAUGUAUUGCCAGAGAAAACGGAAACGCGUCAGAAAAGAAAAUACAUGGAAGCAAGUUGA